ACUCAGGAUAAUCAUGAGUUGGAGGCUAGCCUGGGCUACAUUGAGAAUUUGAGCUAUAUAGGGAGACUGUCUCAAAUCAACAGCAAACAGCUCCAACAAAGUGAGAAUUCAGUAAGUUUAGUUUGCUUCUUGGUUAAAGAAAUGAAAACAAAGUAAAUAACUUUAGUGGCUGGGGUCCAGCAUGUGUCCAGCAAUCAUAAAGACCUCGUGCACCCGGAUACAUCUUUGUAGCAUUUCUGUGCACUCCCGAUUUCUACAGAGCAGCUGUAUCUAGAUCUACCUUUAUAUUUUUUGGGUCUUGUGCUGAGCAGGAACAUUGGUAUAGGUUUCGUUAAUUGUUCUAUAGAGUUACUCUUCUUAAGCAUUUAUUUGCUUCCUUACAUGUGGCUGUGUCUUUGGAGAUGAUUUUCUUCUUCCACCCUUUGAGUCCUGGGGUCCGAGUCAGGUCAUCAGUCUCGGCAGCAGGGGCUUUCACCAUAGGAACUAGCUUGCCGGUCUUUGAAUCACAUAUGUUCAAGUUGUGUUUUAUUUACCUAUUUCCUUAGUUCUGAGAAGCUGGAGAUUAAAGCUGGGGCCUUGAACAUGUUAAGCACUUGCUGCACCUCACGUCUUUCACAUAUGUUUCAAGUAAUACCCUAUCUGGACAGACACACCACGAGAAAAUGAGCUUGUUUUGUUUUUGUAAUGAUUAUAUGCUUCAAACUAGCAUUAAACAUGAAAACUCAGAGAUAGAUGAGGUGUUUCUUUUCAUAGUCCAUGUUGUGUGAUUAAGAUAAACAAAAAAUAUUGCUUUAAUAGGAACACGAUUUUGUUUGUACAUUACCAUGCCAUUUCUCACCAUUAAUUUUUACACAUGAUAAAGCAGGCUAGUAGACUUACAAACGAUACAGGUAGAAUAAUGACACAUAUUUUUAUCUGGUUUUAUAUCUAGUAUUCAAUGAUAAUUUGUCCUUGAAUAACAAAAUUAUGCAGAGGAUACUGUAUGCUGGAAAUGAAGAGGAAGCUUAGCUUUACUGCAGUCUGAGCUGGUGUAACCUAACUAGCUAGAGGAUAUGCAAUUCCUGAUUGACAGCGGGACCAGCAGUAUGCAGAUUUUGUAAGAGAGAACACCCAGCUCAGAAACAGUGAUUAGAGCUUUGUCAGGAAUCACUACAUUCACCCCUGGUGUCUUGUAUUUUUCGGUCUACUAGAUUUGUAAACAAAUAACACAGAACAGUUCCUCUUUUGUUUUUAUUAAAGUGAUUCUGCAGUGCUGUUUCAGCCCCUCUGCCAGGCGUACAUGUGUGGAAAUUUGAUAUUCUCACUAAAUUAGCUAAUUUUAAGCUGUGUUUCAUGCUUAUCUCUAGACCUUUGUGCUUUAAAUCCUAUCUUGAGCUGCUCCCUUUAUACACAAGUGUGUUUUGCUUGUGCUUUCCUGUCUUCUGUGAGAAGCUUUAUGUAGGUCAGGCUUGGCUUAAGCAGCUUUCCUGAACCUGCGUCAGCUUAAGCUGGAGGAAUUUUAAUAAGCCCUCCCCUGUAGGCGUGGGCCUAAAUGAGGCUAGCCUAGUUAAGCCUGAUCUUUCUGUUUGUGAAAAGAGCUGAGCAGAGCUGAAGGCUGCAUGGUGGUUUCUGAAACGGCCUACUUAAUUCCAAAAGAACAAUGGUAGGAAAGGCAAGGUCUUCCAAUUUUACCUUAUCUGAAAAGCUUGAUUUGCUAAACCUUGUGAAGCCAUAUGUGAAAAUUCUCGAAGAGCACACUAAUAAAAAUUCAGUAAUAGUGGAAAAGAAUAGAUGUUGGGAUGUCAUAGCAGUUAACUAUAAUGCGAUUGGAGUAGACCGCCCUCCUCGCACAGCUCAGGGCCUACGCAGCCUUUACAAAAGGCUCAAAGAAUAUGCCAAGCAGGAGCUAUUGCAGCAAAAGGACGCUCAGUCAGAGUUUAAAAGCAAUAUCUCCGAGCCAACCAAGAAAGUUAUGGAGAUGAUUCCCCAGAUUUCCAGCUUUUGCCUGAUAAGAGACAGGAACCACAUACAAAGUGCAAACUUGGAUGAGGCUGCCCAAGCUGGUACCAGUUCGCUGCAGGUAAUGGUGGAUCACCAUCCUGUUGCUAUCACUGUAGAGGUGAAGCAAGAAGAGGACAUUAAGCCAUCUCCUCCCCUGGUUUCAAAUCCUCAACUCAGUGAUACUUUAGAGCAAACAGAAGAGCAUGAAUUGAUGCAUGUUGUGGAAGGAUCCGUGUCUCCAUCUCUUUCUUCUGUUGAUGUGAGAAUGACAUCAUCUCCAUCUUCUGUCCCAAGGAGAGAUGAUAUUUUUCAUCAGGAAAGUGGAGAACACUUUAGGUCACUGCUAAGAUGUGACCCUCAGGUCCUGCAAAUGUUAAAAGAGGAACAUCAGAUAAUUUUAGAAAAUCAAAAGAAUUUUGGAUUGUAUGUUCAGGAGAAGAGGGAUGGUUUGAAAAGAAGGCAGCGGCUCGAGGAGGAGCUGCUAAGAGCAAAGAUUGAAGUAGAGAAGCUGAAAGCAACUCGUUUGCGGCACGAUCUGCCAGAAUACAGUAGUUUCUAAGACGCUUCUAGUCUUGGAACUGGAUAAUUUUAAUUUUGUCAGAAUUAUUUUAAUUUUGAAGUAUCAUGAAGCUCAGCACAUAUCCUAUAAAAAUGUUCCUCUCUCAUAUAAAAAAAACUUUUGACAUGAUUAUCUUCUUUUCUUAACCUUCCUUUUUUGUUUUCCUGAGACAGGGUUUCUCUGUGUAGUCCUGGCUGUCUUGGAACUAGCUCUGUAGAACAGGCUGGCCUUGAACCUAUUUUUUUUUAAGCACAAUUUUCUUAGUAUUUAAUUUUCUCUUUAAAUACUAUAAUUUAUUGAUUGGCUGACAUGGUAAUCCAGUUUGUUGUCUUCCCUCGAUUUUUUUCUAAGACAUUUAACUGUUGGCCUCACGUAAGAUAUUUUAUUUUGAUUAUAAAAAACAAUGCAAAUAGAGUUGCAUGUGCUGCAUAAGCCUGUAACCUCAGCACUUGGGAGGUAGAGGCGUAUGAGAAGAUGAGGGCCAGCCUUGACUAGAUUCCAAUUUCAAGGUUAUCCUUUGCGUAUGUGAAAUCCUAUGUUAAAUAACAAAAUUUAUAAAAUUAUAUAAAUGCAUACAUAUUACUUCAAAGAACUGAAUCUUUAACAGUUUUAGUUACUACUUUAAAAGUUAGAAUUAAAAGAGAAAGAGAGAGAGUGUUGGAAGCUACUACCUAAUGAAUGGUAAGCACAUACUUAUUAUUGUUGAUCUACAUCCAUCCCUAUUCCUAGUUUUUCUUUUUUGGAGAUAAGAUCUCACUAUGUAGCCCAGGCUAGCCUGUAAUAGAAGUUCCUUCUACCCCAGCCUUCUGAAUACUGAGAUUAUAAGUUUCUGUUAAAGUAACAGUAACAAAAAACUUGUAUGCAUGAUAUUGGCAUUGUCCUUACCUUUUGAAAGAGUGGUAGUAGAACUUAGAGUUGGAAGAUAUUUGGAAAACUCUUCAGUUUAGAUGUAAUGAAACUGAGGUCCAGGGAGGGCACCAUAAUUUAUUCCAGGUAUCAAAGCUUUUUAUAGCAGAGUAAGUUAUGAGUACUUAGUUUUGGGGGAGGGGUAAAGGAUAGCGGGGGUGGUGGUGGUAAUUUUUAUUCCUUAUUUAUUCUAUAGAAAUAAGAUAUAGGAGAAUUUAUUUAAUUAAAACCACCUUUUGGUUGGAGAUGCAGCUCAAGGGUAGAAUACUUCCUCACCAUCCCCCGGUGACAAAGAAAAGUGACUUUUACGUAUUGGGGUUACGAAGCCCAGGGCAUUGUAUCCACCCCAUGUCCCCCUCUUUUUUGUUCUUCUAAAAGAGAUCAGAUAUUUUUAUUGCAAAUAUUACAUAUUUUGACCUUGUGAGUAAGAUUAUCUUAAUUCAUUUUAAAUGUCUUUCUGGGAAAUACUUCAUAGUAAACUUAGAUUAAAACAAAAUGAAAAUUACUUAGAAUGAAAAUAACAAAGAUCAUGUUCACAUAAAUAUAAUUUGUAGAUUUUUUUUAAGGAUGAUUAUUUUGUAAAUAUUGUAGUAUUCAUGGAAAUAAAAUUUUUAUAAAGCUUAUAUUUUGAAUUUAUGUUAUGUAUUAAUGUAUGUCUUAUAUUUGAUUUCCAUUUUGCUGGGAUUUCGAUGAGGAAGGACUUUAAAAUUCAGGCUUUCUUUUGGAUGGGGCAAAUAGAGUUUCAGAAAUACUGGGGAUAAAGUGAACUUGGAGUCCGAGUAAACUUAUGAACUGGAUCAAGGUGUCCAAGUACAAAUACAGUAAGCCAGGCAGUUUUUCGAUGAGGAUAGGUAGAACGCUUUUGGUAACUUGAACAAGGGCUUUUUUUUUGGAUCUCACAAUGAUCUGGAGCACACUAUAUAGAUCAGGCUGGCCUCAGUCUCACACCUUUAGAUCAUCCACCUUUAGAGUACUGGGAUUUUGCAAGUCAUUCAGAAUGCUUUUAAAACAGUUAGGCAUGCCAGUGGCCCUGCCAGUUAGCUCCCAGCUCUCGUUGGUGAUCUUUAGAGUAAAGAGCUGAGGAAGGGCCGUGGCUGGGACCCAGGGCUUUCCUGGUGUAACUGAGGCUGUAGAUUCCAUCUACAGCAGCACACACACAAGAGACUUAAGGCAGCGGGGUCAGUCCUGAGUCAGAAAUUUCGGGUUGGGGUUCAACAGUCUGCCCAUAGUGAUGCUUGCUGAAGGGUAAGAAUUGAACUUGCUGCUUAGUCAGCCAGCUUCUCAACAAUUGCUGUUGCAGAGUAACGUGGGUGAAAUGAAAUUUAGAGCGUGUCAACAGGAUGCCAGUUGUCACCAAAUUCUGGAUUAUAUUAAGUGCUAUUUUUAAGGAGUCAGAUUGAACUGAAUGUAAAGUGAGAAACUGUUGAAGGCUUUUUGAUUAUCAAGAUGACAUGAUUAAAGAUGUGAUUUAGGAAAAAUGCAUUCAAAUUUAGUGGUACAAGUUACGGUUAUAGGAACAGAAAAAGUAAAUCAAGUGAAUUCUUAGGGCAUUAUUUAAUUUCCUUAGUUGAAUUACAAAAAACAUUUUAUACUUUACUCUUACAUAAGUAAAGAUUUGUACUGUGAAAUGUCUUGCGGGCUAAGGAAGUAGCUCAGGCGAGAGAUGCUUGCCUAGUGCCCAGUAGGCACUGCGAUAGAUUCUCAGCACUACAUGAACCCUGCGUGUGUGGGGGUAGCACAUCUCUGUAAUCCUAGCACUUGGCACUGGAGGUUCAGAAAGUCAAGGUUAUGAUGUAUAUUUAUUAUUAUAUUUUCUUUUAAGGUGAGGCUUCUCUGUGUGGCUUUGGCUGUCCUGGAACUCCCUCUGUAGGUCAGGCCGGCUUUGAAUUUACAGAGAUCCAUCCUCCUCUGCCUCCCGAGUGCUAGGAUUAAAGAUGUGGCCACCAGGGCCCUGUCUAUAUGGCAGUUUAUCUUUGUGAUCUGAGCUAACUUUCAUUUGAAAUGUAAUGAAUCUUCUAAUUUGAGGUAGCAUAUUUUAUAAUAUGAUUUGAAUAAAUAUGUCUGUUUUGAAAUUAUUAAAAGUUAAGAUAUACAAUAUAAUUAAUGUUAUAAUUUCAGCAUGCUACCAUUCAUACUUAAUAAUUGACUUUGUAUAGCAAAACCCAUUUUACAAGUGUUUCUGUGGAAAAUUAGUCCUGUGAAAUGUUUCUAGAAAAUAAUUUAGUUUUAAAGUGUUUAAAGUACAUUUUUUUUGAUGGUUUGGUUCUGUAAUCAGUGUGGAAAUUAAAGUAGAUGCGAAAUUGCC